UUUAUGAAGCAGCAUUUCCUUGUUGCCGUUGAUGUUGCUUUCUCUUUGGGUUAUUCUUUGUCAGUUUCUCAGAAUAUGUACCUGUUUCCUUUUUUCCAGUCGACAUUUACGCACUACACUCUCACUCUCUCUCUCUCUCUCAAUUUCAGUGCCACAUACUAUAGAUCACUCUCAAACCCCAAAUUCUCCAUUGUUCCCAUGGAGUUACUUCAUUGCCCUUCCAUCUCUACCUACACAUCUAAACUCUCUUUCCACAACCAUCCUUUUUCGAGGAGAAACGGUAACGGUGUAGAUUUUGAGAGUAUUCGGAGAAAAUUGAGGUCUUCAGUGGUCAUGGUUGUUAAUGUUGCUAAUGCUGAUAGUGGAAGAGGAGGUGCGGCGAAGACUGCGGCCACUGCGGUGGUGGUGGAGAAACCGACGACGGAACGACGUCGUUUUGAGGUUUUAUCAGGGAAGCCAUUGCCGUUUGGUGCUACUGCUAGAGAUGGCGGUGUGAAUUUCUCUGUUUUUUCGAGUAAUGCUACAUCUGCUACUCUUUGCUUGAUCACUCUUUCCGAUUUACCUGAGAAGAGAGUCACCGAGCAAAUUUUGCUGGAUCCUCUAGCUAAUAAAACUGGAGAUGUCUGGCAUGUGUUCCUUAAGGGAGAUUUUGAAAAUAUGCUUUAUGGCUACAAAUUUGAUGGAAAAUUCUGUCCUGAAGAGGGACACUACUUUGACUCUUCGCAGAUAAUGUUGGAUCCUUAUGCCAAGGCUACAGUAAGCAGAGGAGAAUAUGGUGUAUUAGGGCCAGAGGAUGAUUGUUGGCCCCCAAUGGCUGGCAUGAUACCUUCUGCUGCUGAUGAUCAGUUUAAUUGGGAAGGAGAUCUACCACUGAAGUUUCCACAGAAAGAUCUUGUAAUUUAUGAAAUGCAUGUUCGUGGAUUUACAAAUCAUGAGUCGAGCGAAACAAAAUUUCCUGGUACUUACCUUGGUGUGGUGGAGAAACUUGAUCACUUGAAGGAACUUGGUGUCAACUGUAUAGAGCUAAUGCCCUGUCACGAGUUCAAUGAGCUGGAGUACUAUAGUUAUAACUCUGUAUCGGGCGACUACAAGUUUAACUUUUGGGGCUAUUCUACUGUCAAUUUCUUUUCUCCAAUGGGAAGAUACUCAUCUGCUGGUCUAAGUAAUUGCGGCCUCGGUGCAAUAAACGAAUUUAAGUAUCUUGUCAAGGAAGCACAUAAACGUGGAAUCGAGGUUAUCAUGGAUGUUGUUUUCAAUCACACUGCUGAAGGAAAUGAAAAUGGUCCUGUAGUAUCAUUUAGGGGCAUUGACAAUAGUGUGUUUUAUAUGCUAGCUCCUAAGGGUGAAUUUUACAACUACUCCGGAUGUGGAAACACCUUCAACUGUAAUAAUUCCAUUGUACGUCAAUUUAUAGUGGAUUGCUUGAGAUAUUGGGUUGCCGAAAUGCACGUAGAUGGCUUCCGCUUUGAUCUUGCUUCUAUCCUUACAAGAAGUAGCAGCUCGUGGGAUGCUGUAAAUGUCUAUGGAAAUUCAACUGACGGUGACGUGAUCACCACAGGCACUCCUCUCACAAGUCCACCAUUGAUUGAUAUGAUUAGCAAUGAUCCAAUACUUCGUGGAGUAAAGCUUAUAGCUGAAGCAUGGGAUUGUGGAGGCCUUUAUCAAGUUGGCAUGUUUCCGCACUGGGGUGUCUGGUCAGAGUGGAAUGGAAAGUACCGUGACAUGGUACGGCAGUUCAUCAAAGGAACUGAUGGGUUUUCUGGGCCUUUUGCUGAAUGCCUUUGUGGAAGCCCAAAUCUAUACCAGAAAGGAGGAAGAAAACCAUGGAACAGUAUAAAUUUUGUGUGUGCCCACGAUGGUUUUACUUUGGCUGAUUUAGUGACAUACAACAAUAAACACAAUUUGGCAAAUGGAGAGGACAAUAAAGAUGGGGAGAAUCACAACAAUAGUUGGAAUUGUGGUGAGGAAGGAGAGUUUGCAAGUAUCUUUGUGAAGAAAUUGAGGAAAAGGCAAAUGCGGAACUUCUUCCUCUGCCUUAUGGUUUCUCAAGGUGUUCCCAUGAUAUAUAUGGGCGAUGAAUAUGGUCACACUAAGGGAGGAAACAACAACACGUAUUGCCAUGAUAAUUAUAUUAAUUACUUCUGUUGGGAUAAGAAGGAUGAAUCUUCAUCUGAUUUUUUACGAUUUUGCUGCCUCAUGACCAAAUUCCGCCAUGAAUGCGAAUCACUGGGAUUAGAUGGUUUCCCUACAGCAGAAAGGCUGCAAUGGCAUGGUCACACUCCUAGAACUCCAGAUUGGUCUGAAACAAGUCGAUUCGUUGCAUUUACACUGGUGGACAAAGUGAAGGGAGAAUUAUAUGUUGCUUUUAACACCAGCCAUCUGCCUGUAACGAUUACACUUCCAGAAAGGCCUGGUUAUAGAUGGCAGCCGUUGGUGGACACAGGCAAACCAGCACCAUUUGACUUCCUGACAGAUGACGUUCCGGAGAGAACAACAGCAGCCAAACAAUAUUCUCAUUUUCUGGAUGCGAACCAGUAUCCAAUGCUCAGUUAUUCAUCCAUUAUUCUUUUACUAUCACCUGCUGAUGAUGCUUAGUUUCAUUCGACUAGCCGGGUGAGGUACACAGCUUCGGAUUUUGUUGUAUGCAGUGAGGUGUUACUUUGUAAAUACAAGUACGAAACAGGUCAGAAUAGAACUGCAAAGGGAUAGAACUCUUGAGGAAGAAGCUGAGGAUUUAUACGAUACACCUUGUAUUAUAAUCUUAUUUAUAUAUAGGUUUCCCUAUA